GGCGUGGCUGAGGGGGAUGGGUCGCUGAAUGAGAACACCAGACGGGGAGGCGGUUCGAUAUUGUGGUGAGUGCCAGCAAGGAUGACGAUGCCGCAUGUAGGGGCAGUGUUUGCAACGGUACUAGGACUGAUGGCCAUCAUGUUGCAUUCCUCUAUUCACAAGAUAGAGGAAGGACACCUUGCAGUUUACUACAGAGGUGGGGCAUUGCUGACUGGUCCCAACGGUCCUGGAUAUCACAUUAUGAUGCCUUUCAUUACAACGUUCAGAUCAGUGCAGACGACACUCCAAACUGAUGAAAUCAAGAAUGUGCCUUGUGGAACAAGUGGGGGUGUGAUGAUCUAUUUUGACAGGAUAGAAGUUGUUAAUAUGUUGGUUCCUUUAGCAGUGUUGGACAUUGUGAGGAACUACACUGCAGAUUAUGAUAAAACACUUAUUUUUAACAAGAUUCACCACGAACUGAACCAGUUCUGCAGUGUGCACACACUGCAGGAGGUGUACAUCGAGUUGUUUGAUAUUAUAGAUGAGAAUCUGAAGAUUGCAUUGCAGAAGGAUUUGAAUGUCAUGGCACCUGGACUAACAAUACAAGCAGUCCGUGUCACCAAGCCAAAGAUCCCUGAGUCUAUCAGGAGGAACUUUGAACUCAUGGAAGCAGAGAAGACUCGUCUGUUGAUAACAGCUCAGACUCAGAAGGUGGUGGAAAAGGAAGCAGAGACUGAGCGAAAGAGAGCCAUUAUUGAGGCUCAGAAAAUGGCCCAAGUAGCAGAGAUCCACUUCAAGCAGAAAGUGAUGGAGAAAGAGACGGAGAAGAAGAUCUCUGAGAUAGAGGAUGCUGCCUUCCUGGCUAGGGAGAGGGCUAAGGCCGAUGCAGAAUAUUACACGGCUGCCAAGAUUGCUGAAGCAAACAGGCUGAAGUUAACGCCAGAAUACCUGGAGCUGAUGAAGUAUCAGGCCAUAGCGGCUAACAGUAAGAUCUACUUCGGCCAGGACAUUCCUAACAUGUUCGUUGAGGGAAACAACAGUCCACAUAAGCCCAGAGACCCAGAGUUGCUUAAAGGGAAGACGGACGGACAUUGAAUUGACACAUCUGCCUCUCCACGUGACAGGAGAACUUGAUGAGGAUUUAUAACUGAAGAUGAUUGGUGGGGCAGCUUUGCAGCUAGUUUUGUUAAACAGCACAUUUCAGUCUUAAAUGUAAACUGCAAAGAAAGAAUGGGUAAAAAUGAAAGAUGCUGAAAUUGAGGAGUAGAUGGGAUAAGGUAAAGGGGAAAGUUGUUCAUGUUCCUCUCUUUGGGGAAAAGUGAGCUAAAAGAGUGAGUAUGAUGCCAUAGUUUAAAAUCAAUAAAAUGAAAAUGCGAAUGCCUGGGAAGGUGACAGCAAGAAGUCGCCCUAAUUUAUGUGCUUUUCUUUCUUUCUUUUUUUUACUGUUACAAUGCUUAACUUUGCUUUUGGAUCUGCAUUCAACGUUUGUUGUGUGUCAAAGGAACCAUUUAAAUUUUUGAGAAUUAACUUCUGAUUUAGCUGCACUGGAAUCAUUACAUGCAACACGAAUUAAAAGCUGGAUGGACAAUGUGAAAUUGUAAGGUGGAGUAAGUAAUUUUUGUGCCAUCUUGUGUUCCAGUCUCUGGUUGACUGUUUUCUUCCUGUGAGUAAGUGCGAGGAUCAUUUCUAAACCCCUCAUGAAACACUGCUCACAGUGAUCUUUUGACACUUGGACAGGUUAAAUGCAGAAGUGUUGAUGCUACAAGUGUAGUGAUCGCAGCAAUGGAAGUUCAUGGAAGUUGUCUUUGUUUCCAUCUUGCUCAGAUUAUACAGAUGUUCAGUGGAAAACUUAAGUUUUGGUAACAUUGGUUGGAUGAUUGCUAGUUUUUUCAUUCGCUGCUGUUUUUUGUUAUCAUAAAGGUGUUGAUUCCUCCAUCACAAGCUAUGGAGCAGUGAUAAAGAGGAUGAAGGAUCUGAUUUUUGGUUUUUGAAAAUAACUAAUUGCAAAUGAUUAACUAUUUAAUAUGGGGAGACAAAAGCAAAGCAUUUAUGGUGGGUCACUACACUGUAAGAUGUUGUCAAGUAGGCAGCAUGCAUUUUUAUUUGUUUUUGUGCUUUGGUUUUGAUUGUCAGGGCUACGCAUGUGGAAGUAGUUUGCUUGAAAUGGAUGAUUAAUGGUAUGCAACUGUCUGCCAUCUCUCUUCUUUUUUUUUUUUUAUAUACAUGGCUUAUUCAGAGGUGGUUAAAUGUAAAUUCUCAGGAAGUUUAUUUUAAUAAGACAGCUGCUUCUUGUUUGCCAAAGCUUAAUAUCUCCAGAAACCAAAAUAGGCAAUUAAACUUGAUAUGAUUAUAAGCAAUGCUAUGGUUUAAUCUCAAAUUAAAAUGGAAAAAAAACGUCAUAAUCAACUGCAAUGAACAAUUGUAGGCAUGUAAAAGUGAUUGCAGCACUCGUUUUUAUCUAUACAGCCCGUUAGCCUUCUGUGAUGUUAUGAGAAUUUUCUGUCAAGAUGGAAAUAACUAAAAUCUUAACCAUCAAAGUUUACAUUUUAUUUUGUCAUUGAAAAUUUGAUUUACUGGAAAAUCACUGUCUUUGCUAAUAUCAGUAGUUAAGGAGGUUUGUAAGGAUUUAAGGGCAACAUAAAGUUUCUGCAAUUGUAACUUGUACUUUUUAAACUUGGUUAAUCUUUCCUUUUUGUGGCAGCGUUGUGUUAUUCAGAGAAAUGUUCUUUAUUCUGCUAAGAGAGAGGUUAAUUUUGUUUAGGGGUACACAGGAUGCAAUUGGUGCUAGUUUUUAUUGUGCUCAACUUUUGGGGAUUUUGUUCAGUUUUGAGCUUUACAAACUUUUAAAAACUUCCACUAUUCAGAAUUCAAGCCUUAAAUGAUCAGUUAGCUAAUACUUGCAGGCAGGCAUGUUCACAGACUGAAAUAAAAAGUUCCACUUUCACUGAGAAAUGUUUGAUCUCCAAAAGAGCAGUCGGAGGCUGCACUCCACAUUUUUGGUGGCGGGUUAAACAUGGAGAUUCAAAUAGGGUGGUACAGAUUAGUUAUUAAAAAACACUUUUUUCUUUUUCUUUUUUUUUUUUGUCAAUAUUUUCUAUAAUCUGUGAAAUCUAAACAUUGUCUCCUUGUUUUAAAAUGUUUAUAUAUAUAAAAUUGUUUUCAAGUUUUGACAAUGUUCUUAUGUAAAAUAAAGCCUAUUUUGGUA